CAGGACAGGACAGGACAGGAGAGUAGAAGACAGCAGGCGAGAGAAAGACUAGAAGAAGAAGGACAGACAGAGAGAGAGAGAGAGAGAGAGAGAGAGGAGCGUCAUGAGGCCUAAGCCUUUCCCGAUGAGGAUACACUUAUGACUGAAUGGCAGGAGAGACAUCAGAUGGAUUCAUGGGAAGUAGAUGACCAGGCUGAGCAGCGCUCCUGUCUCAUCUGCGGAGACCGCGCCACCGGACUGCACUAUGGCAUUAUUUCCUGCGAGGGCUGCAAGGGCUUCUUCAAGCGCAGCAUCUGUAACAAGCGUGUGUACCGCUGCAGCCGAGACAAGAACUGUGAGAUGUCACGCAAACAACGCAACCGCUGCCAGUACUGUCGCCUGCUCAAGUGUCUACAGAUGGGCAUGAACAGGAAAGCGAUCAGAGAGGAUGGCAUGCCAGGAGGACGGAACAAAAGCAUCGGGCCUGUUCAGAUCUCGGAUGAGGAGAUAGAGCGGAUCAUGUCCGGUCAGGAGUUUAAGGAUGAGGCCAACAUGGCAGAACACACCUGGGGCAACAACGGCGACAGCGAUCACAGUUCCCCUGGCAACGGCGUCUCCGAUGGCAACCAACCUUCUCCCGCAUCCACACUCUCCUCCAAUCGUUCGGUGGAGUUGAACGGCUACACGGCCGCUCUCAGGGAGCAGUACAUAGGCAGCGCCGUCGCACAGCACUACCAGUUCCUGCCUCACCUGUUUGGCUACGCGGCUCAGCCCCGCAGUCUGUACCCGCAGAGUCAUACCCUCAUCAGCCAGCUGGUGGCAGCAGAGGAACUGGCACCACUGGGCACUCCCAUGCUCAUCGAAGACGGGUACCGCGUGACCCAGGUGGAGUUGUUCGCCCUGCUGUGCCGCCUGGCCGACGAGCUGCUCUUCCGUCAGAUCUCGUGGAUUAAGAAGCUGCCGUUCUUCUGCGAGCUCUCCAUCGAGGACUACACCCGCCUGCUGAGCGCCACGUGGCAGGAGCUCAUCCUGCUCGCCUGCCUGACAGUCUACAGCGCUCAGAUCCUGGGAGACCUGGCCAACGUCACGGACAAGUACACGCCGUCUGAUCACGAGCUGCAGGGGUUUAGUGAGGAUGGCAUGGAGGUGAUGGAGAAGCUGAUCUAUCUGUUCCGUAAGUUCCACCAGCUGAAGGUCAGCAAUGAAGAGUACGCCUGCAUGAAGGCCAUCAACUUCCUGAAUCAAGAUAUCCGGGGUUUGACAAACGUGGCCCAGUUGGAGCAGUUAAAUAAGCGUUACUGGUACGUGUGUCAGGACUACACUGAGUACAAAUACCCUCACCAGCCCAAACGCUUCCCUGAGAUCAUGAUGUGUCUUCCUGAAAUACGCUGCAUUGCAGGGAAGUUAGUGAACGUUCCAUUAGAGCAGCUCCCCCUGCUGUUCAAGGCGGUCCUGCACUCCUGUAAGUCCAGCCUGAACACCUACAGGUCAAACUCCUCCCCCUGCGUGACCAAGGGCUCCGCCCCUGCCAACUGAAAUACCUGCCUGUCGUCUCCUAACGACGCACACGGGACGGAGACGGGGUCACGGAGCUGUUGCCCGGAGUGUCUCACCUCCUCUCGCCUAAAAAGAAAAAAGAAAAAAAAAAAAAGAUAGAUAGAUAGAAAGAAAGAAUUGAUGAAUGUGACUAGCAGCUAUUUUAUACAUUUAAUUUUUAUCCCCUCUCUCUAUUUAUUACCAGACAGAGCUGAAUGUAUACUGAUGUACACUGCACACAAUCGCUGCUGCUCGUACGCAAAAUGCACAAACUCCGCGGCAGAGUCACUGCUCGCUCGUCCGACUGCAGAAUGUGUUCACUGCUG